GCGGGAGAGUGCGGGCUCGCUGGAGAGGGGGAAGGAGAAUGAUGGGGAAGAGGUGAAGGAGAGGAGAUGGGCAGAAUGAUAUAAAGGCAGAGAGACUAAUGGAGAGCAAUGAUUAAUGCUGAGGGGAGCAGAACAAUGACACAGGUGAGGGCUGGACAGCCGUUGUGUUCACCAGAGAUUGGCGAUGCCGUGUACUUCAGUCCCCAUCCAUCCCGCAGAGCUGCAGGAUUAUUUCCCCACUACACCCACUGUCUAUCCACACUCCGUGGAACCCCAGGAAACAACAGCCCAACCCCAGGAGGAUUUGUCCACUGUUCCAGAACUAGACACAACCUCAGAUCCACCAUCGGACACGACUCAGGAUCCCCAGGAGGCAACGACUGAAGGCUCUUGUCAGGGUUUGACCAGUGACCCAGCAGGGUCUGCAAGCUCAGAUCACCAGAUGUCCACAGGGGAACAGACCCAGGAAUCAUCGACUGGAGAAUCCACCCAGGAACCGUCUUCUGUCCCAGUGGGAGACACAUCCUCAGAUCCACCAUCGGACACGACUCAGGAUCCCCAGGAGGCAACGACUGAAGGCUCUUGUCAGGGUUUGACCAGUGACCCAGCAGGGUCUGCAAGCUCAGAUCACCAGAUGUCCACAGGGGAACAGACCCAGGAAUCAUCGACUGGAGAAUCCACCCAGGAACCGUCUUCUGUCCCAGUGGGAGACACAUCCUCAGAUCCACACUCCGUACCAACUGGGGAAUCCCAGGAAACAACAGCCCAACCCCAGGAGGAUUUGUCCAAGGUCCCAGAACCAGAUACAAGCUCAGAUCCACCAUUGGGCACAACUCAGGAACCCCAGGGAACAACGAGUGGAGGCUCUGGUCAGGGUUUGACCAGUGACCCAGCAGGGUCUGUAAGCUCAGGACCCGAGGGUGCCGGAACUGAGGCGCACAAAAAGUCAACAACCAGAGAGCCCAGCGGGACACCGUCCACUGCCCCAAAGGAAGAGACUUGUUCAGGUAUCGGUCUUGUGUGUGGUGGGGUCGCCAAUCAGAGUCAGUGUCCAGUGUCACCCCGUGUGGUCAUCAGUCAGGGCCCAGUGUCCAGUGUCACCCCGUGUGGUCAUCAGUUGGUGCCCAGUGUCCAGUGUCACCCCUUGUGGUCAUCAGUUGGUGCCCAGUGUCCAGUGUCACCCCGUGUGGUCAUCAGUCAGGGCCCAGUGUCCAGUGUCACCCCGUGUGGUCAUCAGUCAGGGCCCAGUGUCCAGUGUCACCCCGUGUGGUCAUCAGUCAGGGCCCAGUGUCCAGUGUCACCCUGUGUGGUCAUCAGUCAGGGCCCAGUGUCCAGUGUCACCCCGUGUGGUCAUCAGUCAGGGCCCAGUGUCCAGUGUCACCCCGUGUGGUCAUCAGUCAGGGCCCAGUGUCCAGUGUCACCCCGUGUGGUCAUCAGUUGGUGCCCAGUGUCCAGUGUCACCCCUUGUGGUCAUCAGUCGGGUGCCCAGUGUCCAGUGUCACCCCGUGUGGUCAUCAGUCAGGGCCCAGUGUCCAGUGUCACCCCGUGUGGUCAUCAGUCAGGGCCCAGUGUCCAGUGUCACCCCGUGUGGUCAUCAGUCAGGCCCAGUGUCCAGUGUCACCCCGUGUGUGUCAGUGUCCAGUGGUCAUCAGUCAGGCCGUGUGGUCCCAGUGUCACCCCCCCCCUGGCUGCUGACGGAGAAGGAGUCGAGAGGUUGAUCAGCGAGGCACAAGUGCUGUUCAUUGGGGCCCAGGGAUCGCCCGAGGACAUGAAGGUCUAUCUCCAGGAGGUGAGCGUUUACCCGUCGCUAACCCGCGGCUCGACAACUGUGUUCACAGUGACUCUCACCCUCCCGCCUCACUCAGUGACUGUCAGCUGA